UUUUUACAAUGUAAAUAGUCUUUCACUGCAAACAAUGAAAUGACACCAUGCAGAAAAAAGGAACCUCUUUUUUUUUUUUUAAUCAGGGGGUUUUUCUUUUGCAGCGUACGUCAAAAACGACAUGUCAUAUAAAACCGUUCUUCUGUUUUCUUUGCAUAUUUUCUUCCUCCUCUUGGUGUGUGUACUUUUAUUCUUUUCUAUCCAUUGAAUCCUUUUAUUUGACUGAGAAAUACAUGGCGGUUGUCAUCACCUCACUUAUUGUUGCCCUUGCUGUGGGCUUCCCCCUUUUUAUUUAUCCGCGACUGCAUGCCCUUUUCGCCGUAUUUUCUCGGCUUCAAUGUUUUCAGCAAUGUGUAUUCCGAAACACCCCGGAAAUAUCUGAACCUACAUGGUUGCCUGUCGAAGGAGCAUUACCUGACUGGCUCAACGGCAUCUUGUACAGAAUAGGUAAAGGAAACCCUUGAAGUAGUUGAUGAGGGACUGCCAGACUAAAUGAAUGGUUUUUCUAAAAAUCGUUGGUAAUACAGGACCUGGAACAUUUACCUUCGAAUGCAAAAAUGGCGCCUCAAUUGCUAUUCAACAUGCUUUCGACGGACUACCGUUUAUGCACCGAUUCGAAUUAUCGGCUUCUCAGCAAAAAGUGCGCUACAAUUCCCGCAACUUGGCGAGCCAGGUUGAAAAGGAUAUCAUUGCGACAGGAGAAACUCAAGGCAUCUUUUUUGGCCAUAUGCCGUUGUUCUCUGUGUGGCAGCACAUCAAGACGCUGAUCUACCGGUUCGAUCGCAUGGUCCUUCGACCUCCGAAAUGGAGAGACAUCUCACCGUCUUCCCAAAUGGUCGGCGUCACCGCUACCCCCAACUACCCUUUGCCUCCCGGCGCCAACGGAUCGGAUGAUGCACAUGUCUUGGUAUCUAAAACGGACGCCAAUAUGAUGCAACACAUACACUCGGAUACCCUUGAGCCUCAACAACUCUUUGACUACGGUGACUUUCACGACCAACUCCAAGGCAAUCUAUCAGCGGCCCAUCAUCAAUAUGAUCCUGAAACCAAUACCAUUUACAACAUUACUCUCGAUCUGAUGACUAGUGCCUUGACUGUUUUCAGCAUUGAUGGAUCGGGUAAAACCACCGUAUUGGCUAAAAUCACGCAUCGUCUCGACAAAAAGAAGAGUCGCAUUCGGCCCGCCUACAUCCAUUCAUUUUGGUUAACCAAGGAAUUCAUUAUCAUUCCCGAAGCCCCGCUCUACUAUACCUAUGCCGGCAUUGGACUACUUGCGGGUGGUCCUGCUUUGUCCUGUUUCCAUUGGGAUCCACAGGCGCCGACGUAUCUCCAUGUGAUUCGCCGCCGUUCCAAUGUCUGCCACGUGGCCUCGAUCGCGGUCGAUCCUUUCUUCACUUUCCAUGUCGGCAGCGCCUGGGACGAAUGGAACGAGGAUGAAAAGGACCACAUCAUCGAGUUGAACUGCUCCGCUUACAGCAACGGCGACAUCCUGUAUCAGGUUCACUCUUUUGGUAAUCCCUUGCGUAGUGGCACCGAUCCAGCCGUGUAUCGCGCAAACUCGUUCCAGACUCCCGACCCAUUAACAGGAGUGCCUUUACCACCUACGCGUCAAUCCAGUUUCGGCGAUUUUCGGCGCUAUGUGAUCCGGCUGAAUAGCACAACAUGCGAAUCCGGUACCAUUGUUGCCAAUGUCGAGUUUCUUCGUUACCGUCAGGACCCGACGUUGUCUCCUCACCAAUACAUGUAUGGUUGCCAGUUUGAGCGAGCCAGUAUGAGUAAUAGCGAACGAUACAGUCUCAUCAAGGUCGAUAUCCGCUCCGGCACCGUGACAGCCAAAUACGAUCACGACGGGUAUCUGUGUUCGGAACCCAUCUUUGCACCCAAACCUGGAGCCAUCGAGGAAGACGAUGGAGUCUUGUUAAGUUUUGUUAACCAAUUCCGAUCAUUAUCCUCCAGCCCCCAGCAAGAUCGCUGCUUUCUCGUGGUGUUGGAUGCCAAAACCUUGAAAGAAGUAGCACGAUGCCAUAUCGGCUCCUUCACUGCCAAUACCUUUCAUGGAUCCUUUGUCAACGAACGCUUUGAGAACGUCUCCAUUAAUUGAAUGCUCCUUAUUUUACAUUUUAAAAAGUCUCUCCCAUCCUCGAAACACCCCCCCCCCCAAAAAAAAAAAAAACUUGACCAGAUCCUUAUAUGCUGCGAAACUUUUAAUAACUGUCAAA